AUGCUCCCACAGGCUGCGCGACCCUCCAAGAUCAGUCGCUUGCCAGCUCCGACAGCGCACACCGGAGGACUGACCGAAUGGAGCGAGUCACAGCAGAAUGCUCGAAGUCAAUCCUCCAUCCCCGCGCCGAGGGGCCUCAAGCGCGAGAUUCCGCCGUCCGCUCCCCAAUCCGAGGCCAAGCGCAGACCCCUCGCUGAGCGUGCACUCGACUAUCCAUCAAAGACUCCCACAAGUGCGCUUCCACGAUCCACCAUCAAAGGCCAAUCUCUAGCCAACAUCUCACAACUCAAACUACCACGACCGGCAUCUACAAUCCCUUCAGCAAGCAACAGCUUCGCAAGGAGCUUCGGUCCAGGUCGAAAUGGCGCCGCAGAAAAAUCAUUAGUUCCCAGACCAAACACACCAGCCAACCAUACAAGAUCGAAAAGUCAAGUUGCGCGGCCACGGACGGCACAGGGCUUUCGAGAAGAGGAAGGCAAAGAUGCGACGAAUAGUAAGGCCUUUGAUGCCGAAGAACAUGUCCGCAUGACGGAGUUGCACUUUCAAGAACUAAAGAAGACCGUAACGGACGCCAUGGUACAUACAACACAACAGGAGAAAACAUACAUGGCCAAUGCUCUUGAUUUGGUCAAUAAGAAAGUCUCGGAGUUGGAAAGCGACAAGUCAAGAUUGGAAGACAAGACGGAAGCCCUGAAAUCAGAUCUCGACGCCUCUAAAGAAGAAAGUCGGAAAUUCCAGCACGAUAUCGAGAAACUUGAAUGGGAACACUCUCGACAAAUCGAUGACCUUACCAGAAAGCAUAAAGCCGAAAUAGACGAUAUCGCGCGGCAACACCACACAGCAAUAGACGAUCUGAGCCGAGAACUCGAACGACUAAAAACGCAAGAAGCACACGAGCAUCAGCAACAGAUUGACGCAUUGAAUCGACGGCAUCAGCAAGAACUACGCGAUGAGCAGCAGAAACGGGAACAAGAGCUUCAGAGCUUACGGAGCAAAAUGGGAAAUGAGCAGCAGGAAGCCGAGAUUGCUCUGCAGAAAAAAGAUCGAGAGGUGCGGGAUAUGCGCUCCGAGGCAGAAGGUGUACGAUCAGAUCUCCAGCGCGAGAAGGCGCUUACAGGCAGUUUGCAAACGAGCAUAUCCGAGCUUUCGGCCUCCAACACGACACUGGAAGCGAAAAUCAACUCUCUCCGAUCCCAAGUCGAGUUUCUCGAAUCCGACACCAAGGCACAGUCCGAUGCAUUCGCCGCCAUGGAAGACAGGCUUCAAGAUGCUCUGAAGUAUGCCGAGGAAGCACGGCAGAAGCUCAUGAAGGAGGAAACCGAGCGCCGCGUGCUCUUUAACAAGUACCAGGAGCUCAAGGGCAAUAUUCGCGUCAUGUGCCGAGUUCGACCGCCCCUUGGACACAGCGAGGGUCAGGUAGCGCAGCUCUCCUAUCCCGACGACAAGACUUCCGCCGAGAUACUGGUUGCCGGGCCUGAAGAAAAGUCCAGUCUUGGAGUUGUUCAGAGGAAAAGCUAUCCGUUCGAGUUUGAUCGAGUGUUUACGCCUGAGAUACAAAACAAUGAGAUCUUUGACGAAAUAUCCCAGAUGGUACAGAGCGCUCUGGACGGCUACAACGUGUGUAUCUUCUGCUACGGUCAAACCGGGUCAGGAAAGACCUAUACCAUGUCAUCUCCCGACGGCAUGAUUCCACGAGCUACACAUAUGAUAUACGACACAGUAACCCAGCUCAAGGAGAAGUCAUGGGAUUAUACCUUGGAGGGUUCCUUUGUUGAGGUUUACAAUGAAGAACUAAACGACUUGCUAACACCCAAUGAACGCACCGCCGAGGGACGAUUGACGAGGAAACUGGAGAUCCGACACGACGAAGUCAGGAAGCAGACGACCAUCAUGGGUUGCAAGUCUGUUCGGCUCAACUCGGCCGAUACCGUAGAGCUUAUGCUGGAAGAGGCACAGAAGAAUCGGUCUGUAGCAGCCACGAAGGCCAAUGAGCGAUCCUCUCGGUCUCACAGCAUUUUCAUCUUGAAGCUCAUUGGCGAAAACUCAGCAACGGGCGAACGAUGCGAGGGAACCCUCAACUUAGUUGACCUAGCCGGAUCAGAACGCCUCAAGCAUUCGCAAGUCGAAGGCGACAGGAUGAAGGAGACGCAGAAUAUCAACAAGAGCCUGAGUUGCCUGGGAGACGUGAUUGAAGCGUUGGGCAGGGGAUCAGGCCAUAUUCCGUAUCGAAACUCCAAGCUCACACACCUACUGCAAUACAGCCUGGGUGGAAACAGCAAGACACUCAUGUUCGUCAUGGUAUCGCCAUUGGAGACUCAUCUGAAGGAGACUCUGACCAGCUUGAGAUUUGCUACAAAGGUACACAAUACCCACAUUGGCACAGCAAAAGCGACCAAGAAGAUCAAAGGAGAUUUAUGA